AACUAAUGAGCCUGGAAGAGUUUUUAAAAAGCCACAGCAGGAUCUCAGGUGGCUUUCUCGGGCCCUCUGAGGCCCAGGGCUUGCUGCCUUCCCCAAGAAGCACAGCGAGCAGGAGGAAACAGUUACUCCCUCCACUGUCCACCUCCCCUCGGGAUUCAUCCACUCAGAGCCUAGAACUUCACCCAGGCUACGGUUCUACCCUGACAGGGAACUAACAUUUCAACUCUAGUCCUGCAAAGACCAAUUUCUUCCCCAGGGUAAUUUGCUAAGGAGGAAGAAAAAGAGGAAAAAGGAUGUCUGUUGGAGAGGCUGUAAGCUAAAUUCUCUUUCCCCAAAUACAUUUUUCUGAAAGUCACUUAACUGUCAGAAUCAAACUCUAGAGCGAUAAAGACUGAUACUGACACAGUACUUAACUGUUGCUUCCAAACUCAGUUACCAAGUAUUUCAUAUAUUUGAUGGACUCACUAAAAAUUAAAAAAAAAAAAUAGGAAAAAUGUAGGGAGACAGUCUGGUAUGGUGGAAUGAGGUUCUGGAGGUCUAAGCCUGUCCCCUACCUCACUGAGUGUCCCUGGAUUCGUUCUUAACUCUUCCGUGCCUCAGUACCCUCCCCUGUAAAAUUAGGAUAAUAUGAGGGCCCACCUCAUAAGACUGAGUGGAUAAUGUGUGUAUGAAACAUUUAGCCCACAGCCUGAACACAGUCAGAACUAAACAAUUAUAGCAGUGAUCCUAAUAGUGAAGACAACUGAACUGCGGAGACCAGAGGCUCUGCUUAUGUAGAGAGGUAGGUGAUACUUCAACACCAAGAUAUUCAAACUAGCCUUUCACCAGUCUCCCAAGGACAUGUUAGAUGAUAAGCAAAGACUGUUACAGACAGCAGUAAAAAGGCCAACAAUGGCUGGAGAAAAGCCCACUGGUACAGUUAACUUCGUGUACACACACAUGCUCUAGACACUGAGCUGGAGCCUUAGAUGCUUUUAAAGACUCUAAAAGAGUCUGUGCUACUCUUGUUUACUGUCAGGUACAAGUGAGUGACCAUGUGUCCUGGAUUGCCCCCAAACACUGAUGGCUUAAACUAGUUGUGCCAGCAUGAGUAUAAAUAGUGACCUCUCUCACUCUCAUGCAUAUUCUGAUUUGGGACAAUAAUGUAUAUGGUUUGCCCUAUAUAACAGUUUCUUCCUUAUUUGUAUAAAGAACUAUCCAGUGGACAACCUCAAAAACAACAGAUAUAUUUCUAAAGCUGCUUGUUCACAUUCUGCAAGGAACCCAGGGAUCAUGGACAACGGGGCCUUAGGUUUCUAAACAGCUUCAAAAAGGAAUGUGGUUUUAACCUGAGGAGCACUGCCUGUGAUCAAAGGUUUGCAUUAAAUUUUUACAAAUAAAUUUUUACAAAUAAAAGUAAACUUUGAAGAAUGAGAACAAGCCCUAACAAUUUGAAAAGAGCACAUUUUUCAUUUAUUUUUCAUAACACGAAGGCACAAGUCAAUAAUUUAAAUUAAAAAAAGGCUUCCAACGGACCCUCUCAAUCACUGUCUUUGGGGUCCCCAGAAGCCCCCAAAUUUGCUUAUUAGAUAAACAGUUCUGUGAAUUCACAACACUGUGAAAUUAAAACCAUCACCACCACCAACUCUUUGAAGCUGGAUAGAGAAAUAAGAAGUUUUAACAGUUACAUCAGGAUGGAUAUCUUCCAGAGAAUUCAGAAUUAUUAUUAUGCUUAAUCUCACCGUAAGACCUCAAGAUCACUGCAAAAGGAGUCAAUUAUGUUUUAUAAAAACUGAUUUCUUCUCCCAAUGUAGCAAUAACUAUAUAUCCUUAAGCAUUUGCACAGUGUUGCUACUUUAUUUUGCUUUACCUUUUAUAACCGCUUGUUUAUGCAAAUUAGAUAAAAACCAGCUUCAACCAAAAGCUUAACAUUAUUUACUUUUUAGAAGCUUGGUUUUAAAAUAUUCUGGAAUAAUACCACACAACAUUGCAAAACAUCACGACGUACUGUCUGCGGUGGAAUCAAAUAAGUAAACACGCUGAGUAUUUUCCAGUAUUCACUGUUACAAAAUCAUAACAUCUUCUGAUACAAACAACUAGAUUGUAUAACGUCCCCACCUCGCUUUUUAGAACUAGCAAAAAAAGAGGUGGAGAAACUCAGCAAAACAAAGUGGCGAGAAAAGUCGGGGGAGGGGCGCUAGAAGAGAAGGGGCGGAGAAACACGACACCGAGGCGGUGAUAUCACCCACAGCCAACGGCAUGGAAUUCAGAAAGUUAAGUGUCACCCAGCAAUUUCGGUCAGGGCUUGCGGCGCGCCUGCACAGCGUGGCGGCGGCGGCACCCGAGCUCGGAAGCAGGAAGGGGGAGGGGCGGUUUGCCAGAGUUCGCUCGGGGGCAGCAGAGGGGAAGGCCACCGCCUCCCGGGCGGUGUGCGUUCAAGCCCCGGGUUGGGAGCGUGGUGCGUUGCCCUGCAAUGAUUUCAUCUUUUCGGAAGAGCGGCCGCGGCGGCCGCGGCUGCCACGUGCCUGGGUCGGCCCCAUGCGCUGCGCCGGGGGACGGACCCGGACGCGGCCGCGGUCACCGCAGGUCGCAGCGGCGAGCGGAAGGAAAGGGCUGGCAGCCGGAGAGGGGCUCGGGUUGCCAAAACCGGGCGGGGGGAUCGCUCCGCCGAGACUGCCGGUCUCGGGGGGGCUGUCCUCCUGCGCACCCACACCUUCCAGCCCCGAAAGCAGGGAUGCCAGAGUGCGGGGCAGGUUCGCAACUCCGAGGGCGGCUGCAGGCUGUGGCCCCGCGGGCUGGAGCGGCCGGACCCUCCCGGGGGCCCCGGCAGAACCCCGUUCCCGGCCUGCGCCCCACCGCGCAGUGCGCGCUCCCGGCGGCGUGGCCGUGGCCGCCCGGCCCGUGCCCGAGCCGGGCAGCGGGCCACCCGCUUAGGGGACAGUGGCGGCCGCGGGGCCCGGCGCCGCGCGGGUCGCAGCCCGCCACUCCUUCCGCGUUCCAAGCCCUCGGCGCCUCCUCCCCCAGCCCCAGAGAA